CGUAAGUAUGUGAUCGUUACGUAAUUAACCAGCUUUCGGACUCUGUUUCACUUGCUGGCUCGCCAUCUCUCUCUCUCUCUCUGAUUCUGGCAGCAGUGGUGGGCUGGUGGCAAAGCAAGAAAGCGAAAGCAUGGCUUCCUAUUUGCUUCUCUGGAUGCUCUUUUGCUUCCUCAACUUAGGCCUCCUCGCUAUCGUCUUCCACGCGCUGUUGGCCUUGACAGACAUGGAAGCAGACCAACUUGACCCAUUUGAAGCUACAGCUCGAGUCAAUAGGUUCGUGUUGCCUGAGUUCAUUCUACAAUGGAUCUUAUGCUUUCUCUUCCUCAUCACUGGUCACUGGGUCAUGGUUCUCAUUUCACUCCCCAUUGCCUGCUUUCAUUUGACGCUCUACUUGAAAGGUAAGCAUCUCGUCGAUGUCACUGAAGUGUUCCGGAGUCUUGAUCGCGAGAAGAAGCAUAGGGUGAUCAAGCUAGGUAUCUACUUGGUCUUCCUAUGCAUUACCAUCUUCAGGGUGGCUCUGGUUAAGUUUGAUACUCUGAGAAAUGCAGCAGCCGAUCCCGUGUAUUUCAGGUGAUCAAUGGUAGCUGGUUGAUAACAGUGGAUAUGAGAGAUGCUGUUGGUACAUAUUUCUGGUACUGCAGCUGCCCUCCUCACUGUUGUUAGAUAGAGGAACACGUUGACUAUGUUUGUGUGGCUUAUUUAUUUGAGAAGAUAUGGAAGUGUUUGGCCAUGAAAUGGACAAGCUUUUGUUAGAAUGUUGUACUAAAGCUUAGUUCUAAUCUUACGUGUGAAAGCUCUGAACUUCCUGAUAUAAGUUGAUUGGUAUUUAUGCACAAAGAAGUUUAUUGUGAUAAGUGCUAGGGAUUCAUGAUUAUGCUAAUGGCCUUCAACUUGGAAAGGAGAAGAAGUUGUUGAAGCAAAACAGGUAUGAUAAGAACACCAGCACCUUGAUCCUUAAUGGUCAUGAGACGAACUAUGAGUUGCAAAAGAAGAUUGGAUUUGCUAUGAGAUGCAUGGCGCCGAGAUUAAACAAAACAAAGCCCUCAACCAUUUAAUUAUAAUAAUCUCUCAUCAUUUAGGAAUGAUAAGAGGCAAAUGAAAUCACCCUGUAAGAUGCCAUAGUGCGUUUUCAACCAAAAUUAACUGAAUUUUGAAGCAAAGAACAGAGCACAUCUUUCACGUAUAUUAUGGGACAUCGAAUAAUAUGUAAAAUUCUUAAAAAAAAAAAAGAAUAAUAUGUAAAAGAAUCAAAAGUUAGUAUAUUUUCACUCAUUGUUUCCAGUCAUUCAUACCAGUUGACGUCCGCCAAAAAACCACAUCUGCGGCGUCAGGGGGUAUGAACAAAACUUAAUACGAUUUUUUGACAGUUACACGAUUAAGAUUUUUUUUUCUCGAAAAUAAUACCUCUAAGUUCAAAAUUAAUGAUAUUAUCACUAAAUCAAACUCUUAUUUGUUUCUUCCUCAUAAUUUGUUUCUUCCUCAAGGGCCAAUUGUGUUAGAGGCAAGGAACGUUGCCUCAAUGUGACUUGCUUUUGAUGAAAUAUACACCAGAAUUUUAUAUUAAUUUUUAUAUUAGCUAAAUCUUUUUCAUAUUAAUUUUUAUUAGUCAAACCUAUUGAUAUACUAAAAAUUAGUCAAAUGUUAACUUUUAGUUAACAAUUUUGUUAGUAAUAUUAACUUGGCAACAUGAUACUGACUUGGAAGAGACACAUGAAUGCCAACAUUCCAAAAUUUUAGUAAUUAACUAAGAAAAGAGUUACAAAAUUAUUAACGAUAAAGUAAAAAUGGCUAAUAAUUUGAUGCAUUACAAAAGAUUUGAUUAAUUAGUAGCAUUUUAAUAGGUUUGGCUAAUAAAAAAGAAUCUAAAAAAGAUUUGGCUAAUAAAUAGUCAUUAUUCUAAAAAAAUCAUAUAGAAAAACUAUUAGAAUAAUUUAUUUCCACAGCAGCCAGAUCACUGUACACCCAGACUGUUUUUCCUAUUCAUCCAAACUGAAAAUUUCUGUUCACUUCACCCUGAUUGGUUGGCCAUCUGUCCUAGGCCCGUCUUCCUUCAGUCGAUGAUUUGGGUGGCACGUGUCUCUCCUUUCCCCAUUUGAGCCUGCAUUGGAGCGAUGCGUUUCGCCAUUUUUUCUGGCCUGCAUUUGGCUUUUAAAUAGUGCAUCAUCUGUUUAGGUUUCUCCAAUGUCUGCACAAGAAGGUUUUACAAUCUUAUGAAAACAAUUCCAUGGGCUGUUUUCCAUUUCCAUUUCAAUCUUAACACCAAAUUCAUUAAACCUCAAAGCAACAUCCCCAUUCCUGUAUUUUUCAUAUGCAACCUGGCAUCAUGAUGAAGUUCAAUGAUGGUUUUUUUUUUUUAAUAUUGGGAUAAAUUUGGUUGUACAUGUGUUCUCGAUGACAAGGUUGGAAGAUACUAAAUGGUUAUGUUUUUGUCAUUUCUACUUAAUUUAGGAGUCACUUGGUUUUCUUAGAUUUAAACGACAAACCGCUUUCUUCUAUUUUUCGCAUCUUAUAGGUUGUAAGUCAUACAAUACAAUUGAUUGGUUUACAACCUAUAAUAAAGAUUUGUCAAAUAA